AUGUAUUUCGACCUUGAUGGGGUUGUGUGCACUUCUCUGUCCAAGCCGCCCCCGUACCGAGUGGACUUCGUGGUCGGAGGCGACGCCCAGGCGGGCAGCAGUGCCAGGUCGGAGGCGGUGCCGCUGGGGCAGCUAUAUUUCUGCGACAGCUGCUCGCGGGUGGUCUCCCGCAGGGAGUUGGCCGAGGAGGUCGACUCGUACUACUGCCCGCACUGCCUGGAGAACAUGCCUUCCAGCGAGGCCAUGCACUACGGCAUGCGCUGCUCCAAGUGCUGGGAGUGCCCCGUGUGUUCGAGCACGCUGACGAUGUGCAACUCAAGCCCGGGCGCCGUGAACCAGACCUACUACCUCGCCUGCGGCUUCUGCCGCUGGAGCUCCAGCGGCCGCCUGGAGUCUAACCAGCCCGAGCAGCUGAUCGCCAAGAUCAUCGCGCUCGAACGGGAGGGCGCCCCCAAGAAGCGCAUGCAGGCCCUCGUGGAGUCCUUCCGCGGGCGCGCGCAGGAGCAGCAGCGCGAGCGCGAGCUGGUCCAGCGCCUGAAGCGGCGCUCCACCCUGGGCCGCAACACGCUGGCCAGUGGGGCGUCCUCGCUCGGGGUGGCGCGCCGCGGCGCGUCGGCGGCCAUCAUGACCCGUGGCCCGAGGAUGACGAUGGUGGCGCACGGCCUGCUGGGGCGACAGCAGGCAGGGCAGGGCAAGGAGAAGAAGGAGAUGGAGAAGCUGCUCAAGGAGGACGACCGCGACGAGCUCGAGGGGGGCGCGGCCGCCAAGGUGGUGGACAUCCGCGCGGAGAGCCGGGCCGCGGCGCUGCAGGCCGCGGCCGCGCGGUCGUCGGGCGAGGGGCACAUGGGCGCCGCCAGCCCCAGGAAGUCGAUGGUGUCCACGCUGACCGGCUCCUCGCACCAUCAGCCGCCCCCGCCGGCCCCCAUCCUGGAGGGCAUGUCCGUCAGCGAGCUGGUGAUGGCGCACCACGACGAGGAGGUCGGCGACCAGUCCCUGGCGGACACCCUCGCGCUCAGCCUCGACGACCCCGCCGGCGCGGGGGCCACGUCCUCCCUGUCGCAGCGGCUGCGCCAGAUCUCCUGCGGCUACCAGCUCCUCGCGCAGCGGGGCCCCGAGGCGGCGCGCGGAGACCCGUCCACGGCAGCCCGUACCCGGGGCGCACGCAGCUGGAGGCCCCGCUGCAGCACGACCAGACUUGGGCGCUCCUGCCCGUGCGGAAGGCGCUGCUGA